AUGUUGCUUCUUACGGCUAUAGUCGUGUGCGCUACAACCCUCGGUUGUAUAGCGAUGAUUCAAGCCAGCGGCAGCCAAAAGCCAAUUCAACAAGACCAGAUACCGCCACUUCAAACAGCACCUAUUUGGCUAAACGCCUGCAAAAAGAAAGACCCAAAUUUGGACGAAUGUAUCUGUAAUACUUUUCAAAACAUGUUUCCUUACUUGGCAAAAGGUAUACCGGAAAUUGGAACCAGGCCGUUCGAACCAAUGGAUAUUGAUAAAGUGUCUUUAACUAAAGGCCAAGGUGCCAUAACAUUAUCUGGAGCAUUCACAAAUCUUAUUGUCCACGGACCAAGUAAUACGACCGCUUUGUAUACCAAGAUGGACUUGGUUAAAAAUCGUCUAGAUAUUGGUCUAUUCAUACCAACAAUCAAAGUAGAAUCAAAAUACGAUCUGAAAGGAAAUUUAUUGUUGUUACCACUAGUCGGUGUAGGCGAUGCUAAACUAUUUCUGAAGAAUGUAACCACGCACGUACAGACAAAUAUCUACUUCCCCAAAUAUAUGAACGAAACUGUAAUGGUGGCUAGCAGUAUGAAAGUUGACUUUAACUUGGCCGCAAUGCGUGUCAACUUUGAUAAUUUGUUCAACGGUAACAAAGUAUUGGGGCGAACUGUCAACACGUUUUUGAAUCAAAACGCCUUGGAAGUGGUGAAUGGUCUGAAGGAAAAUAUUGGUGAAAACCUAUCGACCAUAUUUAAACAGAUAAUGAACGAUGCAUUUAGUCACAUGCCAACAAAACUGUGGCUACAAGAUGAUUAG